AUGCCAGCUUAUGCUAAAUGUUUGAAGGAGAUAUUGUCCAAGAAGCGAAAAGUGGAAGAGACAUUGGUGGUCAAGCUAACAGAGCCCUGUAGUGCCAUCUUGCAAAAUAAGCUCCCUAAAAAUUGUGGAGAUCCAGGGAAUUUUAGUAUACCUUGCUCUUUAGGAAGUACUAAAUUUAAAAAAUCUUUUUAUGAUUUAGGUGCUUCCAUUAGUCUUAUUCCUUUGUCUAUUUUUAGGAAAUUGGAAGGAGAGAUUGGAGAGAUCAGGUCGGUACCUGUGUCCUUGCAGCUGGCGGAUCUGACCACAAUCAUACCGGAAGGAAUAGUGGAGGAUGUGCUAGUUCGGGUGGACAAAUUUGUGUUCCCGGUGGACUUCAUUGUGGUGAACAUGGGUGAAAAUAGGGAGGCCCCGCUGAUUUUAGGAAGACCAUUCUUGGCUACGGGCAGAGCAAUUAUGGAUAUUUAG